GAUGGCGAUGGAGAUGAGGCUGCCAGUAGCUCGCAAACCCCUCAGUGAGAGCCUUGGCCGCGAUACUAAGAAGCACCUGGUGGUGCCGGGGGACACGAUCACUACGGACACGGGCUUCAUGCGGGGCCAUGGAACAUAUAUGGGAGAAGAGAAACUCAUUGCAUCCGUGGCUGGCUCUGUAGAAAGAGUAAACAAGUUGAUCUGUGUGAAAGCUCUGAACACCAGAUAUAAUGGUGAAGUAGGAGACAUUGUAGUGGGGAGAAUCACAGAGGUUCAACAGAAGAGGUGGAAGGUGGAGACCAACUCCAGGCUGGAUUCAGUCUUGCUUCUCUCAUCCAUGAACCUUCCUGGAGGAGAGCUGAGGAGAAGAUCUGCAGAAGAUGAGCUUGCAAUGAGAGGUUUCUUGCAGGAAGGGGACCUUAUCAGUGCUGAGGUCCAGGCAGUGUUCUCUGAUGGAGCUGUCUCUCUGCACACGAGGAGCUUGAAAUACGGAAAACUAGGUCAGGGUGUUCUGGUCCAGGUUUCCCCCUCCCUGGUGAAACGGCAGAAGACUCACUUCCAUGACUUGCCAUGUGGUGCCUCAGUGAUUCUGGGUAACAACGGCUUCAUCUGGAUCUACCCAACCCCUGAGCACAAGGAUGAGGAUGCAGGGGGCUUCACUGCAAAUCUGGAGCCUGUCUCCCUUGCUGAUCGAGAGGUGAUAUCUCGGCUCCGGAACUGCGUUGUCUCAUUGGUCACUCAGAGGAUGAUGCUGUAUGACACCAGUAUCCUGUAUUGCUAUGAAGCAUCCCUUUCACAUCAGAUCAAAGACAUCUUAAAGCCAGAAGUCAUGGAGGAAAUUGUGCUGGAAACACGCCAGAGGCUUUUAGAACAGGAAGGAUGAGAGGCUCCUGAAGAUGGGUCUGUGCACCUUGCUGGAGUGGUUCUUGGAAGUGAAGAGUCCACUGUGGGGUCCCCACAUGUGGGCCAGGGAGGAUCCAAUAGACUCAUUAUUCAUCUGCAUUGCAGCUGAGUGGCUGGAGGGCUCCUGGGCCUGCUCUCUCCUGUUCUGAGAUGCAGGCUGGGGGGAACUGAACAGUGCCAGCGGUCCCAGUGUGAGGAGGUGGUUUCAGGUCUUUUAUAGUGUUGAGGCCAACAGCCUCCCUUCCUGGAAUAAUAUGGAGAAUCCUUUGUCUUCCACUCACCAUCAUUCAUGAGGCACAAAGUCCCAUUAGAAAACACAGCAUCCCUGACCCCCAAGUAGUGUAUUCCGGUCUCCACUCCACCUUUAAAGUUCAAGUGUGAUGUGAAGAACACAGUGGUGAAGUGAAGCCGAGUCAGGGGGAAGAAUAAAGUUCACCCAGCUGCCUUUUGCUUCACCAGAAUCUCAUUUCCCACUGUAUGUUCCUUCCACUGGGACGUGAGGCGUUGACACCAGGUGCCUCACUUAACCUGUCCUGCCUUUGAGGGUGGUUUGUAAGAUGUUAUUACCAAUAACAGAAUGAAUGUUCUGGGCCCAUUGUACUUUUGGGUGCUCUGAUGAACAUGAAAAGAAAGUGAGGAAAAUGGAGAUUGGAAAAGCAAAGCUGUUUUCUUCCUAUAACUGAAGAAGUGACACUUCUUUAUUUUUGAAUAAUUUACAGUUAAAAGAUAAAAAGAUACUGAAGUUCUCACUGAGAAUUCCUACACAUUGGUUUUCUGAUGACUAUUUAAAAAUGGUGCCCUGAUUUAGUUUUGAGAAACCUUUUUUAAGGCAUUAUAUAUGCAAGUACUGUCUUAUUCCACAUCUGUGGUGAACUACUUUUUGAUAUUUAUAAAUGUGUUAAUGUUGGCUUCUGCAAUUGUGAUCUGGGUAAUAAUUAGCUGAAUGCAGUUGAAGGAGGGCUCAACAGACAUAACUGCCAGUUGACAGGCUUAUCUACCCUACUUGGGCCUUUUAAGUAAAACUUAAAUCUAGACUGUUUCACUGGUAAUAACUAACCACUGCCUUGGACAGCUCUGAAACACAGUUUGACUCUUUUUCAUUAAAUAAUGUUUCUUUAUAACUCAGUUGACAACUUUUUAAAAUCUCAUUUUAUCCCGUGUUACCUGUUUUGAGGAAUGUGCAGACAAAUGAAUGUUCAAACUUUAGGCUAUGUUGCAUUGUUAGGUUGGUUCACCUGUCCUGUUUUUAUGAAGAUUUUCCAGGCUGUAUACCACCUGGGAGAAGGGAAUGAUAAAAAGUGGAGCCUGCAUCUCAUGCAAGCUUGUUGAUCCUCACCUGGUUCUCUCACACUGCCAGCCUGGCUGGCUCUUCACUGGCAGCACAAACAAUACAAAGGUCUGAAAGCGCCUUCUGGUGAUAACCUCUUUCCAUGGCCCACUAGAGGGCGCCAUGGUUAAGUGUAAUUCCAGUAGGCGUAAGAAAAGGAAGAAGCUGAAAUUUUUACACUUAAUGAACUUUGCUUUACAAGAGUGAAGACAAAAUUAGACUCAACUGUAUCACUGUUAAUGAAAAUAUAUGAACUUAAAGAGAUUUCUUCAACAUUGGACAUUUGCUUGGCUCUGGAUUCUAGUUUUAUGUCCUUAAAAGUAUCCUUCAGGGAUUAAGAGUACAGUGCAUCUUUAGAAAAAAAUACAGUCUGGGCUUGGGGCUCUCCUAAAACCCAAAAACAGUGGAAGUGAAGAAUGGAGAUUAGGGGUAAUACUUUAGAUCAAGGGCAGCUGACCUGUACCGAGGUAUAUCUCCAGCUUUGUGGAAAACCAAACAAGGUCUGGUCUGAUUCGCAUGAUAACCUUAUAAAGUAAGCAGCUAGGAACCCUGCUUAUAGGUGAAGAAGUGAGGGAAGUAAGGUGACUUAAGUUCAUGAAUAACUGAAUCAAGAACACAUUUAAGCUCUAGAGAGGUGUCAGAAAGCAGUCCUUCAGAGGACAGGUAGGACUGGCUGAAAGGUUAAGGAUCCAGAGUCUAAUUUUCAGCACUGAGGCUAUCUUUUAUCUGAGUUGUUACCUGUUUCCUUAUUGCCUGUCUCAUGUAAGUUCCCUGGGGAUAAGGCAGUGUUUAUCCCCCACUGUUGUAUCCCAGCACUUAGAACUGGU